UUUUUUUAAACAUAGUAAAUUUUGGGAUGGACAUUUAUCUCCUCACUAAAAUUUCUGGUGCCACCAUCCUACCCUUCUCCUCUCCUCUUUUCAUCUUCACCUAUCCUAUAUCACCACUUUUAAAGCAUUUUUUUUUUUUUGUCAGAUUUCAAAGUCAUGCUAAGUGGUAGGCAAUUGGAUCAUGAGGAUGCAGAGGCUGUGAUAAUUGGGGGUAUGGUGUUGGAUAUUCAUGCCACACCUUCAAUCCGUGCAAAUCCCGGAACUACUACCCCCGGCAAGGUUUAUUAUGUGCAAGGUGGUGUUGCAAGGAAUGUAGCAGAAUGCAUGUCAAAGCUAGGAGCAAAGCCAUACAUGAUCAGUGCGCUUGGGUUUGACAUGGCUGGAAAUCUACUGUUGGAACAUUGGAAAACCGCUGGCCUAUCAACAGAAGGUAUUUUGAAGAAUAAAGAUAUUGAGACUCCAGUCGUAUGCAAUAUAUUUGAUGUUAAUGGCGAGGUAGCUGCUGGUGUUGCAAGCGUGGAAGCUCUUGAAAAAUAUUUGACACCUGACUGGAUUUUAUGCUUCAAGAGCACUUUACUUUAUGCUCCAGUGUUGAUGGUCGAUGCAAAUCUGAGUGGUCCUUCCCUUGAAGCUUCUUGUAAAAUGGCGGCUGACACAGGGUGCCCUGUCUGGUUUGAGCCGGUGUCGGUUACUAAAUCCCAAAGAAUCAGAUCUGUUGCCAAGUAUGUAACUUUUGCUUCUCCAAAUGAAGAUGAACUUAUUGCAAUGGCAAAUGCAUUAUCUGGCAGUAAUGAGUUCCGCCCACUUAAAGAAGACCAUAAAAAAGAUAACCUAUCACCAGGAUCUUUGUUUCAAAUACUGAAACCAGCUGUGUUGGUUUUAUUAGGAAAAGGCAUUAAAGUGGUCCUAGUGACCUUAGGCUCAAAUGGAGUGUUUUUAUGCAGCAAAGGAGGGCCAAGUUGCUAUAAAUUUCCUGUAGCGAAAACAAACCGGACUGGUUUUGGUGGACAACUAUACAAGUCUGUUAUGCAAAAUUGUCCACCUAAUUGUUAUUCUGGUUUUUCAGAACUUGAUAUAAGUAAUCGUCUCUUUGCUGUGCAUUUGCCGUCACUCCCUGCUUCAGUUGUGAGGCUUACUGGGGCAGGUGAUUGCUUAGUUGGUGGAACACUCACAUCGAUUUGUGCAGGAUUAGAUAUUAUGCAAAGUGUGUCCGUUGGCAUUGCAGUGGCUAAAGCUGCUGUUGAGGUGGAAACAAAUGUUCCUUCUGCUUUCAGUUUAGCUUCCAUUGCAGAUGAUGCCAGGUCUGUAUUUUGUCAUGCCAAAGUGCUCCUUCAACAAUCAAUGAUGUAGGUUGUGAAUGAGGAUCACAUUAAUUAACAGCCUCCUUUGACCUUUGGGGCCUACAAAAUGUACAUGGCCUUAAGUUUUCAUGCCUUAGAAGUUGGAAGAAAUAACUGAUUUGCAAUCCACGUAGUUGGACACACUGACAUGUUUUACUAGAUCAUUUCACCAACUUUUUGUUUUGCAAGAGUAGCCACAUCUUGUUCUCGCUCUCAAGAUUUUUCGUUAUAUUCCAAAGCCUUGUACGCUGCAACCAUCAUUGAUAAGGAAAUUAUUGAUUUUGUUGAUGA